AAUAUCUUUCGUCAGCAAAUUUACAUUCAGACAAUCCCAUUGCUCUGAUUAAUAUUGACCCAUAACCUUAUCUAUAAAUGUCAGCAAAUAAGGUCAGAAAGUAAUUGUUGUACGAAUUGUGAACUAUGUUACUUUUAUUGUACUUAAAUCAUGUAAUUUUUGUUUGUUUGGCUAUUACAACAAUUACAGACGCUGCUGCCAGCGGAGAUGACAUUUUUAAUUCAGUCGAACGUGACAACCCUGAUACACUUAAAAUGGUCUUAAAGCAGAUGGAAGUAAUGCAGGCAAAAAUCACGAAGUUAGAAGAAUCGGAGGCGAGUUUGAAGCUCUCACUAAGCGCUCUUAUGGGAACUCAAAAGCUAUGUAUGUCACAAAUCGACGCACUUACAUACCAAAUCAACACCCUUAAACCCAAAAUAAUGGAAAUAGGAAAUAAAUCAAAACCGCUAAAGAAGACAACGGAACAGAUGGACAUUACAGAUGGAGAACAGGUUACAGAAAAACUGGAAUCUGAACAAAACAUGCAUCAUACGGAAUAUGGAAUUAAAAACAGUAGCGGAACAAAACGUGAAAAGGAGAUCCGCCAGACCAGCGAGAGUGUUUUUUUCUCCGCCUAUCUGGAUCACGUGAUGAGUAAUUUAGGACAAGAUCAACCUGUUGUCUAUAACAUGAUACUACAGAACGAAGGCGGGUCAUACAGCGGAUCAUCUGGAAUAUUUCACGUUCCAAUAUCCGGUGUUUUUUUGUUUUCCUGGUCGACGUCUGCACGUGUGUUACCAGGGGGACAGACGUAUGACGUAUGGGUAAAACUGGUUGUUAACGGAGUACACCAGAUUGGUGCUGCAGCCGAGAGUCAGGUAGUGAAAGAUGACAACCAGGGCAGUAGUACAAUUAUCUUACGUCUUAAAAAAGGUGACGAAGUCUGGACGGCAUCACAAAAUGCCGGUUCCAGUUUAUUCGGAUCGGAUAAUGAAAGGACGACGUCAUUCACUGGUGUAUUGUUGUAUCCAAGCUAGAUUGUUAUAUUUUUUCCACUGUUCGAGGAAAGCAAAAGCACUAGCAAUAUUACAAAUGUUAGUUGAGUUGUUCUAUACCU